AGAUCGAUACUUUUGGAUACAGUACACGUGAUUUUUCCAGUGAAUUUCCGAGCGCUCGUGUCAACUAGGAAAUAGGUAAUUUGGAAGGCUUCUUCAAGUUCUAUCAACAUCUAUUUAAAUAAACCUUUUCUUUUGUCCAGUGUCAAGGAUGUGCAGUUCGUGCUUUAAGAUCGGGAAUGAAUUGAGUCCCAACCUUCCAUGACUUGAAAAAAAUCAUUCAGUAUACUUGUUUCCUUUUGGAAGAACCUUCAUUGGAUCGCGUGAGUUUUCCCAAGCAGUUGCGCAGCCCUGGUAAUCCUGACACCUUUAAUUUGACGUAUGCCUAUGUUUCCAGUUUGAAUCAUAUGGGGAAAAUUAUAAUUCUCCGGUUUUCAAGGUUGAGAAUGUAUUGCCAGCUAAAAUUGCAAUUUCAUUAAACACACAUGCAGUACAUUAAAGUACUUCAUCUCAAGCUGAGUAUUGUGCCAAAAAGUUGGUUAAUGAUCACCAAAAAUCACAAAUCUCUGAGCAUGUGUUCUUCAAACAGACAUUGAUGGUGGUAUGGUGAGAGUUUUCAAUGUCCUGGAUACUCUGAGUGAUCAUGAAGGUAGAAUUUGGUCCAUUGCAUGGAAACCUGGAACAAAGAUAUUAGCAUCUUGCUCAUCCGACAAAACUGUGAGAUUGUGGGCACCUUGUGAUGAGAGUGAUAAGUGGAGGUGUAUCUUUUGUCAAGCACUUGCUCAUCGAGCAUCGGUUCACUCCGUGGCCUGGUCUCCAUGUGGACAGUUGUUGGCAACUUCCUCCUUUGACCAUACUGUGAAAUUGUGGAGAGUUCAUGUCGAGGUGCUGGACUCCGGCGAACAUAUUCCCGAAGAAGCUUCCAUGACGGAAGUCUCUGUUCUCCAACACGAUGCAGAAGCUGGUAGUUUGGCUUGGUCGCAAGACGGAGUCUUUCUAGCUGUUGCUUGCUCGGGUGGCGUGGUGCAAAUGUGGAAAAAAUCCAACGGAGGCGAUAGCGGGCUGGAGUACGAGUCUAGCUGUAAAAUCAGGUCUCAUUCACAGGAUGUUAAGAAAAUUAUAUGGCAUCCGAAGCGCAAUUUGCUGGUGUCCGCUGGAUUUGAUGGUACCAUCAAGUUCCACAUGCCGGAUGGUGACUCCUGGCUCCGGUACGCGACUCUCCGAGGGCAUCAGUCCAUUGUUUGGUGUGUUGCAUUUGAUGCCUCUGGGGACCAGUUGGUUUCAUGUGGUGAAGAUAGAGUGAUAAAAGUCUGGCACUCUGUUUCCACUUUGUCAGGUGAAGGUAUGAUCUCACUGGAAGACAGUCCAGUGUACCUUAGCUUCCCUGCUGGGAUUUAACUUGUACUCCUAACACUUUUUCCCUGAGGAUUUUCAUUUUACGUCAAGGUAGGUAUUUAAUUGCACUCAUAUACAGUGGGGUCUAGACGUACAGAUGAUUAAACUUUGGGACGCUUGAAAGUCAGCAAAUCUGCCUCAACACCUUGAUAAUGUCUCAAGAUAUGGUCACAGCCAAAAUUUCUAGAGAAAUGGAAAAAUUUUAUUUUUCAAAUAAAAUAUCUCUUGAGCGAAUUGACAGGUGGACUACUUAUACAGGUGGUCUCUGUAACACAAUUCGAGGGGCUUGAAAGAACACUUGUUUUAGGAACAAUUUUGUUGUAGAGAACCCCUAAAACCUGGGAAGAGAAGCAUAUGGGACCUACAAAAUUUGCUGUCCAGUGAAAAUUUUUAGAGAGCCCAACUGUAUUCACAAAAAGUAACGAUUCAUUAUACAUUUAGUCUAAUUCAUAAUCCAAAACAUGCUUUCUGCUUCUCUUUUUAGGGUUUUUUUCAUUAUCUGUUUACAGUAUAGCAAGAGAUGUGCCUGUUUCUUGCUGUUGGGGAUUCAUUAUGUGUCAUUAGAUAAGGUUAUGUGUGGUUUUCUUCUCCUGUACAGUUAUUUCCUGUCCCUUGAAGUUGAGAAAACAUUUUAUUCAAUGCUUAAGCCUUAGGGAACUUCCACACUUUGAUGGACAAGCAAACCAAUUGAAGAUGUUUCCAAUGAAGUUUUUGGGAAAAUGUGACCCAAUAUGCAGAUGAAGGGAGAAGGUCCAAGAACCAGUUGUGCCUACAUCCCUGGGCUCCACUGUAUGCUACCAUUAGAUAGGUCCGAUUUCUUUAUUCAAUUCGAGGAAUUCCUGAGCCAGUGGAGCACUUAGUUUUGCAAAUUUCAGUUUUUUUGAAAUAGGUAUUUGGUUCGGGCUGUGAAACUGUAAGCUAAAAGCAUCUUAAAGUUUGCAGUGGCAAUUACAGGAAGAAUAAACGAGCUGUCUUGUCUGAAUUAUAUUCAUUGUCAAUGAGAAAUCCGUUGCCAGCCCUCAAAUGGGCAAAGACAUAAAAAAGCCCUGAAAUAAACUUGCAAAAUCUCACCACACAUUUGUGGAAUAUUGAAAGUUUGCUUAGCAUUCAUCCUGACAGAGAGUGGGAAUUCCUUUCAAAGAUAAAUUGAAUGUAAUCAAAUUUGCAUCAGAUCACAAGAAUGGAAAUUGUGAUUCCUGUUUGUCAGCAAAUAAGGAAGAUGACGAAGUGAGACAUGUUUCUGGAUGCUGUUGAAUGGCGAAUUGCGCACUGCAGUUUUACCACCUGUUCUUACGUGCUUGACAAAUUGAUAUUCUCAGCCUGGUUUGUUUUACAGGUAAAAAAGGUCACAUUGAAGCCAUGCCUAGUGGACACCACAAGUUGAGAGACGCUGAACCAGUUGAAGAAGAAGGCGUACCAACCUAUGUGGCAACUGUGACUUUGACAGGCAGUCAUGCGAGACCUGUUUACAGCGUUUCUCUGAACAGGCCUUUUUUGGCCACUGGGUGUGGUGACAACAGUGUGAUGGUCUUCAGAAAUACGCCGCCGAAUGAACUGGACUUUUCCCGUGACCUUGAUUUCACUGCCCUUGGAAGAGAAAUAGACGCCCACGAAAAUGACGUGAACAGUGUGGCUUGGUGUCCAGUGCAAUCUGACAUCCUGGCAACCGCUGGUGAUGAUGGAAAAAUCAAACUGUGGAAGAUUAUUGAUAUGAUGUGAGAAAAACUCAUUUUUGUCAGUUUGAAAUCCUCAGGGGUAAAUACAUUUUUGGCAAUUUUGUUGGACAAAAUGUCAGAUGCUGCUCAUGAAAUUGUUUCAAAAAGCUAUUGGCUUAGUGAAGAAAAUUGAAAUAUUUUCAAGAUCUAGUGUAUUUUCAAUGGUUCAUUUUUGA